AUGUCAGCAAUGCAAUUCUUGAAGAAUUCAAGAUGGAUAACAGGCUCAAGAUUUCUAUGGCAACCUGAAGACGAAUUGAUUGAACCUACCCCAAUCAAAGCUAUCCCAUUAGAAGAUCCCGAAGUUAAACAAUCCUGUUUUUCCACCAAUGUGAAAGAAACAUGGUCCCUCGGUAAAGCAAAGAAAACUUUCUCUACUUGGCAAAGUGCAAGAUCAGCGGUCGUCAUUUGUCUAAUAUACCGUUGAACAAAGUCAAGCUAAACCAAUCCACAGUCAUGGACAAUAUAUCAUCUGGCAACAAGUCAACGGUGACGGUUGAAAACUUGCGGAAGGCAGAAAUCGAAAUUUACAGAUCAGUGCAAUUGACUCAUUUUGAAAAAGAAGUACAUGUGUUAAAAGUAGAUGAACAGAAUACAGGUGAAUGUUGUGGAAAAGACAUUCCAAAUGCCAACUAUGUGACAAAGUCAAGUCUGUUGUAUCGUCUGAAGCCAUUUCACGACGCCCUUGGAAUUUUACGAGUUGGUGGUCGAAUUAAGCAUGCUGACGUCCCUUAUGAUACGAAAUUUCCAAUCAUUCUCCCUUGGAACAGUCACGUAACAGUUUUGGUAAUACGAUAUUAUCACAAGAAAGUUGCUCAUCAAGGUCGCGGGAUAACGUUAAAUUAAAUUCGAAGCAACGGUCUGUGGAUUAUUGGAGGAUAAUCCGGGGUAGCAUCUACCAUACAACAGUGUGUUACAUGUCGAAGGUUAAGAGGUAUUGCACAAGAACAAUUGAUGGCAGAUUUACCAGAAGAUAGAUUUGAACAAGCCACACCUUUCACCUAUACUGCUGUUGAUUACUGUGGGCCAUGGUAUAUAAAAGAACGUCAAAAGGAACAAAAGAACGUCGAAAGGAACUUACAUAAAGAUACGUUGCUCUCUUUACUUGCAUGGCAUCUCAAGCAGUUGAUCUUGAAGUUUGUAAUACCAUGGACACGGACUUGUUUAUACAAGCCUCAAGACGUUUUCUAUGUCGGUGAGGUCCAUGCGUCAAUUAAGAAGUGAUAGAGGUUCCAACUUUAUUGGUGCUCAACGCAAAUUACAUCAAGCAUUGGAAGAGAUGGAUGCGGAGAAAAUUCAAGUUGAACUUUUAAAACAUAAUUGUGAUUGGAUUGAAUUCAAAAUGAAUGUGCCCAAAGCAAGUCAUUUUGGCAGAGUCUGGGAACAGCAGAUUAGAACUGUUCGAAGUGUUUUGAAUCCUUUGAUGCGAAAUAACAGUACUUGUUUGGACGAUGAAUCCUUUCGCACACUUAUGUGCGAAGUCGAAUCUAUUGUUAAUUCUCGGCCGUUGACAGUCGACAACUUGAAUGACCCACAUUCUCUCUCACCACUUACGCCAAAUCAUCUUCUCACUAUGAAGAUAAAGGUACUAUUACCACCUCCUGGCAAUUUCCAAACCAAAGAAAGAUAUUCAAAGAAACAAUGGCGAAGAAUUCAACAUUUAGCAAAUGAAUUUUGGGCAAGGUGGAGAAAAGAGUUCCUUCACUCCUUACAAGAAAGAUCAAAGUGGAACAAGAUCAAAGUGGAACAUUAAACUAUAUUUGUACUGAGAAAUCAAAGACAUUUCUGUGGGGGGAAUGUAACUGUGUGUGUAUGCAUAAUUAAUAAAUACUGUAUAUACAGUGUGUAUCAAAAUAAUUCGAAUCCAAAUUUGGCGUGUAAUAAUGCAGAAUAUAUUUGACAAAUUCGGUUGGUUUUUACACCAUUAAGUUCAUUUAUUUACCUUUCAAAUGACAUGCUGUACACGUCAUUUAGUUGGAAAAUGAAGGAGAUUACAGUUAAAUGUUAUUGCAAAAUAAAAUAAAAUUAAAGAGAUUUAAUCAAUCUUCCGUAUUAAAGUUAAUGCUUUACGGUUAGCAAGCGACGUCACACCGAAAGGCGGAGUGAAGACCUUCGUAAUGCGUCAGUGUAUUCUUUGCAUGCAGAAUCAUCCAUUAGCAAGUUGUCAGAAGUUUAAAGAAAUGAAAUUGAAAGACAGGAUAGACUUCGUUCGAAAGAAGGAAUUGUGUUUUGGAUGUCUUGGUAUGGGUCAUUUCUCAAACCGAUGUCUCGCAAGAAAGAAGUGUGACGUCUGUCAACUAAAGCACCCCACUCACGGGUGUAAUGAAGACACAACAAGUUCCAUGAUCUUACCAGUAUGGUUGUACCACCAAGAAGAUCCAGAUCAUCAAAUAAUGGUGUAUGCUCUGUUGGAUCCGGCAAGCAACGGAACAUUUAUUAAGACUGAAACUCUGAACAAACUCGGAAGAAAGGGUGUGGAUAUUAAUCUGCGUCUUAACACCAUGCAUAGCAGUGAAAUAAUUACAACACAGAAGAUUACUGGUCUUAAAGUAGAAGAUCUGGAAAGAACCACCCAAAUUGAACUACCAAUGGCUGUCUACUGUCGGAGUGAUAUUCCAUCGAGGAGAAGUGAGAUCCCUCAUCCUGAAAUGGCUAACAAGUGGGACCACUUAUGUGAACUAACCACGAAAUUACCUCGGUACCAAGAAAGAAUCGAGAUUGGUCUGCUAAUAGGAUCAAAUUGUCCAAAAGCUAUCAAGCCACAAGACGUCAUACGUAUGCAAUUAGAACUCUUCUUGGUUGGGGAAUAA